UCUCUCCUCGUUGUCUGUCGUCACUCCUCUUCCGCAUCGCGGUCGCCGAACCCUAGCACAAGCUGCUCUCCGGUGGCCGGCCCUCCCGCCGACCGCCAAUCUCGCUUCCUGCACCGGCUCCUCUUCUUCCUUUGACAGCGUCGCGCUUUCUCGGCACAGUACUUCGUAAGUGAGAUGCUUUCUUAAGAAAGAGACAAAGCUGAACGGUUCAACAGUGGUGUCCGGUGGAGAAUCGGUCGGGUCUGUUGUCCAACCUCCCGAUCUUUGACGAGUCUGAUAUUAGGCCCCUGUGGCGUUCUCUCUCUCAGAAAAACCAUCAUUUGCUUCGUCGCUUUCGUUGAACUCUGAGGUCUCGAUCUGUAAUUUCUGAAGCUCGAUCUCUACAAGCGUUAAGAGAUGUCGACAAACAAUGUUCUUAGAGUAAGUCAAUCUGUGCGGCUUGCUUCAUCAUCUGAUCCACAGCAGGGUGAUGGCAAACCGCCGGUUGGAGCGCCCACUGUCAAAUUUGCCCGUCGAACAUUAUCGGGCCGCUACGUUAGCUACUCCAGAGAUGACCUUGAUAGUGAUUUCGGGAGCACUGAUUUUGAGAAGGAGUUUACUAAUUAUCAUGUGCAAAUUCCACCCACUCCUGAUAAUCAACUGAUGGAUCCAGUCAUUUCUGCAAAGGUUGAAGAACAAUACGUCUCGAAUUCACUGUUUACUGGUGGAUGCAAUAGCGUCACGCGUGCACAUCUGAUGGACAAAGUGAUUGAAUCUGAGACAAGCCAUCCUCAGAUGGCUGGUGCCAAGGGCUCUUCUUGUGCAAUGUCUGGAUGUGAUUCAAAGGUCAUGCGUGAUGAGCGUGGGGUCGAUAUCCUUCCCUGUGAAUGUGACUUCAAAAUAUGCACUGACUGUUUUUCAGAUGCAGUGAAGUUUGGUGGUGGGAUCUGUCCGGGAUGCAAAGAACCAUAUAAAACCACUGAAUUGGAGGAGAUGGUAAACAAUGAUGUAGAAGGGCGGCUCCAGUUGCCUGCUCCUAUCGGGAUGUCAAAGAUGGAAAGAAGACUUUCGAUAAUGAGAUCACAGAAGUUGACUAGGAGUCAGACUUCUGAUUGGGAUCAUAACCGUUGGCUCUUUGAGACAAAAGGGACCUAUGGCUAUGGCAAUGCAAUUUGGCCUACAGAAAAUACAGGGGAUGGUGAAAAUGGGCAGCCCAGCGAGCUAACGCACAAACCAUGGCGGCCUCUUACUCGAAAAUUAAAGAUCCCAGCUGCAAUUUUGAGUCCUUACCGUCUCCUCAUCUUCGUUCGCAUGGUUGCUCUUGGGCUGUUUCUUGCUUGGAGAGUAAGACACAAAAAUGAGGAUGCGAUUUGGUUAUGGGGGAUGUCAGUUGUCUGUGAGCUUUGGUUUGCAUUCUCAUGGCUAUUGGAUCAGCUUCCAAAAUUGUGUCCUGUAAAUCGAGCCACUGACCUUGCUGUCUUAAAGGAGAAGUUUGAGACUCCUACAAUCAACAAUCCCUCUGGAAAAUCUGAUCUUCCAGGCAUUGACGUGUUUGUUUCCACAGCCGAUCCAGAGAAAGAACCUCCACUUGUGACUGCAAAUACCAUACUUUCCAUCCUUGCUGCUGACUAUCCUGUUGAAAAACUAUCUUGUUAUGUCUCUGAUGAUGGUGGUGCCCUUUUGACUUUCGAGGCGAUGGCUGAGGCUGCUAGCUUUGCCAAUCUUUGGGUUCCUUUCUGCAGGAAACAUGGUAUUGAGCCAAGAAAUCCAGAAAGUUAUUUUAACUUGAAGAAGGACCCCUACAAGAACAAGGUACGACCAGACUUUGUUAAGGACCGGAGGCGGGUAAAGAGAGAGUAUGAUGAAUUCAAAGUUCGGACCAAUGGUUUGCCUGAAUCAAUUAGGCGUCGAUCUGAUGCAUACCAUGCACGUGAAGAGAUGAAGGCAAUGAAACGACAAAGAGAGGUUGCUAAUGAUGAUCCAAUAGAACCCAUCAAGAUUCCUAAAGCUACAUGGAUGGCUGAUGGCACACACUGGCCUGGAACUUGGUUGAAUCCUUCUUCAGAGCAUACUCGGGGUGAUCAUGCUGGAAUCAUUCAGGUAAUGUUGAAGCCUCCAAGUGAUGAACCACUAUUUGGGAAUACUGAAGAGGGUAGGCCUCUUGAUUUUACAGACAUAGAUAUUCGUCUACCUAUGUUGGUCUAUGUUUCCCGUGAGAAACGCCCAGGCUAUGACCACAACAAAAAGGCGGGGGCUAUGAAUGCUCUUGUUCGUGCGUCUGCAAUUAUGUCUAACGGUCCAUUUAUUCUCAACCUUGACUGUGACCACUACGUAUAUAACUCAGAGGCCCUCCGAGAGGGCAUGUGCUUCAUGAUGGAUCGUGGUGGUGAUCGCCUUUGCUACGUUCAGUUUCCUCAGCGGUUUGAGGGCAUUGACCCCUCUGAUCGGUAUGCAAACAACAAUACAGUGUUUUUUGAUGUCAACAUGAGAGCACUUGAUGGACUCCAAGGUCCAGUUUAUGUUGGAACUGGUUGCCUCUUCAGACGAAUUGCUCUUUAUGGCUUUGAUCCUCCUCGAUCGAAAGAGCAUCGUUCAGGUUGCUGCAGCUGCUGUUUUCCUCAAAAGCGUAAAAACCAGGCAGCCGUGGCAUCUGAGGAGACACGGGCACUUCGCCUAGGAGAUUAUGAGGAUGAUGAGAUGGCCAUGUCUACCUUCCCUAAAAAAUUUGGAAACUCAUCCUUUCUUAUCGAUUCUAUUCCAGUUGCUGAGCUCCAAGGCCGACCUCUUGCCGAUCAUCCUGCCGUGCAGUAUGGCCGUCAACCUGGUAUUCUCACUGCUCCCAGGGAACUUCUCGAUGCAUCUACUGUUGCUGAAGCAAUCAGCGUCAUUUCAUGCUGGUACGAAGACAAGACCGAGUGGGGCGAGCGUGUUGGAUGGAUUUAUGGGUCUGUAACUGAGGAUGUUGUUACUGGCUAUAGGAUGCAUAACAGAGGAUGGAAGUCUGUUUAUUGUGUAACCAAGCCUGAUGCGUUCCGUGGGACAGCACCAAUUAACCUAACUGAUCGGCUUCAUCAAGUACUUCGAUGGGCAACUGGUUCUGUCGAGAUUUUCUUCUCCCGUAACAAUGCGUUGUUUGCAAGUUCAAGAAUGAAGAUUCUCCAGAGAGUUGCAUACCUCAACGUUGGCAUCUACCCAUUCACCUCCUUCUUCCUCAUCGUCUACUGCUUCCUACCAGCACUCUCAUUGUUCACAGGACAGUUCAUUGUGAAGACCCUCAAUGUGACCUUCCUCACUUACCUGCUCCUCAUCACGCUGACACUCUGCAUGCUAGCAGUUCUCGAGAUCAAGUGGUCUGCCAUCGAGCUCGAAGAAUGGUGGCGAAAUGAGCAGUUCUGGUUGAUCGGAGGAACUAGUGCCCAUCUUGCUGCUGUACUCCAGGGGUUGCUGAAGGUGAUUGCUGGCAUUGAGAUCUCAUUCACUCUCACAUCAAAGUCAGCAGGCGAUGAUGAAGACGAGGAGUUUGCGGAUCUCUAUGUCGUCAAGUGGUCCUCAUUGAUGAUACCACCCAUCACCAUCAUGAUGGUGAAUUUGAUUGCAAUUGCAGUCGGUGUUAGCCGCACCAUAUACAGCACCAUACCAGAGUGGAGCAAGUUGUUGGGUGGAGUUUUCUUCAGCUUCUGGGUGUUGGCUCACCUCUAUCCUUUUGCAAAAGGACUCAUGGGACGGAGACGAAGGAUGCCGACAAUUGUCUUUGUGUGGUCCGGUCUCCUCGCCAUCACCAUAUCACUACUUUGGGUCUCAAUCAAUCCGCCAUCAGGCAGUAGCUCACAGAUCGGAGGCUCCUUCACUUUCCCUUGAUUAGUUCAGUUUCUCUACCUGCAAAUAUUUAUUUUGACAAUUGAAUUUCGAUGUUCAUCAGGAAUAUAAGAAGCAUAUUUACUUGCACGGUGGAUGAGUUCCAAGUUGGACAAUUUUUAGCAUAUAUCGUAGAUGUUAUUUGAUGACA